GUGGUACGGAACUUUUCCUAGAUUGAUAGCAAGGGACAUGACUUGCCAGAUUCACAGGUUCUCAAUUGAUAAUAAUCAUGGCGUGAUAAGUCACUAAAUCGUGCGAUCAUUAAGGGCAAUUCUUUAUACAAGAUCGAACAUCUCUUCCGCAGAAUAGUAGUCUGACAUUUUCAAUGUUUAGAUACAUGGAUGAAUGACUUAGCUACGGCAGCUACCUAUCAACCCAUAUUACACGACGACAUAAAAAUGGCCAUUGCAUUGCGAUCCCUGCACGAAGCCGUGACCUCGUCGGUCGGCAUUACAAAUGCGACGAUAUUAGUCUACUCUCAAACAAUACUCAUCAUAAUUAUAGUACUAUUCAUCGGAAACGAAUAUUAUCGAUGGGCUAUCCGCAUUAGCGGAAUUCCGGGCCCGAUUGGCCUUCCAUUGAUUGGGAAUCUACAUCAAAUUCAAACAGUUUCACCCCCGGAAAAAUAUCGUCUUUGGUCCCUGAAAUAUGGACCGACUUUUCAAAUUCAGCUAGGCAAUGUUCCGAUACUUGUCAUUAAUAAUGCUGCAGCUGCAAAAGAUCUUCUCAUACGUGAAAGCGCGGCGUUCAACUCAAGACCUCUCUUCUAUGUUUUCCACAAAUUUGUUAGCAAAGAGAUUGCCAGUAUCGGGACGAGCCCGUGGGAUGAAAGCUGCAAGAAAAGACGCAAAGCAGCUGCCUCUGCUCUCAAUAUCAUACAAGUAGAUUCAUACGCCCCAAUUCUGAGAUUGGAGUCCAGUGAAUUUAUACAAGAAUUGAGGCAAGCGUGCAAAAAUGGAGACACGCCAAUUGAAUUCCACUCAUUCGCUCGGCGUUUCUCUAUGAACUUGUCACUGACCUUGAAUUAUGGUGCCCGAGCAUCUAAUCAAAAAAAUUUCGACGGAAACCCGCUAAUUAAUGAGAUCAACGCUGUUGAGUCCGAAGUAGGGAAGUAUCGUUCGACAUCAAGUAAUGUCAAGAACUAUGUGCCUUUGCUUCGGGUACUAGACCCGUUACUGCUGUUACUUCCUGGAAACUCGUUACAGAAAGCAUUGGAUAUUGGAAAACGACGACUACAAUACCAUGCAUCUUUACUGGAGACUCUAAAGUCUGAAAUCGACAAGAAUACCGACAAGCCAUGUAUUCAAGGGAAUAUGCUGAGAAACCCCGAGACUAGAAAUCUGUCGGACUCAGAGCGGCUCAGUGUUAGCCUCAGUAUCAUGGCGGGUGCGGAUAGCAAUACACCAACGAUUGCGUGGGGAAUUAUUUUUCUCGCCCAUAAUCCUGAAAUUCAAGACAAGGCAUUUCAAGAGAUUAAGGAAUCUCAAGUUCUCGACAACGACCCCUUCGGAAAUGGAAAAGUUCCUUAUGUAGAUGCGUUUACCAAGGAAUUGAAUAGAUACUAUACUAUCCUCCGCCUGGCGAUGCCAAAAGAGGUUACUGCACCUGUAAAGUACAAUGGGACUAUCAUUCCCAAGGGAACGAUGGUCAUAUUGAAUUCAUGGGCAUGCAAUCGCGACCCUGAUCUUUUCAAAGACCCUUUCUCGUUUAGUCCCGAACGCUGGUUGGAGAGCGAAGAUCCGCAUGCCCAUCAGUUCGCCUUUGGAAUGGGAUCCCGUAUGUGUGUCGCUUCAAAUCUGGCCCAUAAAGCGCUUUAUCUUGCAUUUUUGCACUUAAUAGCGCAUUUCCACAUUCUGCCAGCGGAUGAAGGCCAGCCGAAAGGCGUUGCGCACCCGAUUGACGGUGCCAGCGACUCCAGAAUCACGUCUACGUCGCCGAAAAUCACCAAGGCCAGAUUCGUACCGAGGGGACAAUUCCCAUUCUGAGUGAAUACGAUGUCUUCAGAAAUCAUUAUCACCAUUAAGGUAUGGAUGUGGAUCAUGAUUGUUCUACUUGACAGGCGCCUGGGUAGAUUUACAAAAUUGCCCACUCGGAGACAUUCCGUGUUUCCUCCGACUCGCCGACGCACCCCGCUUGACGCUAUUCGAAUAUAUAAUGGCGUGAUACAUAUAAACACGCCACUUUCUGUUCUAAGGCACGUGAUGUGCGUUGUUAAUUAGUAUUUCACUGUCUAAUUGGGCAGAGUAACUGCAGUGGAG